AUGAUCACGUUUUUCGCAAGGAAAUUGUCGCUGGCCACACACGGGUGGGGUAUUUUGGUUGGAAGCGCGCGUUGUCCAUUACGACGACGCUAUUGUGUGAGACACAAAAUCCGGAGAGAAAGCGAAAAUCUGGAGAAAGAGAGAGGGAGAAUAUCUACAGAGAAAGGGAGAGAGAACUCGAAAAGUGAGUACCUGAUUAAGAAGAACUUGAAAAGAGAACCUGAAAUGAGAGACCCUAACUUGAAAAGAGAGAACUUAAAAAAUGACAAGUUGAAAAGAGAGAACCAGGAAAAGGAAAACCAAAGAGAGAAACCUGAAAAGGGAGAACCUAAAAAGAGAAAACCUGAAGAGAGAGACCCUAAAAGAGAAGGGGAAGAGAACUUGAAAAGUGGGUACCUGAAGAAAAACAACCUGAAACGAAAACUUGAAAAGGGAGAACCUGAAGAAGAGAACGUGGAAAGUGAGAAUCCGAAAAAAACAGAAGCUAGAAAAAAACCUGAAGAAAGAGUCCCUGGAGACCUGGAACAAGUGACAGAGGGAGAUGGAGAAUCUAGAGAGAAACAAGAAGAAAACAUGAAAAGAAAGUACCUGAAUAGGAAUAACUUGAAAGAAGAGAAACUUGAAACAAGAAAGCCGAAAAUAGAGAACCUCAAAAGAAAGAACCUGAACAGAGAGAGGGCGAAAAAAGGAUCUGAAAAGAAAGAACCCGAAGAGGAAGAACCUGAAAAGAAAAAACCUGAGAAGAAAGAAUCGGAAAGAAGAGAACUAGUACUUGAAAAGGGAGAAGUCGAAAACAGAAAACCUGAAGAGAGAAAUCCUGAAGAAGGAAGAUCUGAAAAGAGCGAAAGAGAAUCUCUGACAAAAGAGGAGGAGAAUCUGAAAAACGAGAAGAGGGAGAACCUAAAGAGAGAACCUGAAAAGAGAAAGGGAGAAUUUCGGAAUAAAGUAGGAGAGAAUCUGGAAAGAGAGAAUUUGAAAAGAGAAAUCCUGAAAAGACGAAGAUCUGAAAACAAAAGAGAAGGAAAUGAGGGGCCUGAAGAGAAAGAACCUGAACAUAGACAAUCUGAAGAGAAAGAACCUGAAAAGGAAGAACCUGAAGACAGAAAACCCGAAACGAGUGAGCCAGAACCUAGAGAGAAAGAAGCAGGAAAUCUAGAGGUAGAAUCGAGAGAACAAGAAGAAAAUCUGAAACGAAAGAACUUGAAAAGAAAAAUCCAAGAGAAAAGAGAUCCUGGAAUUAGUGAGAGAAAAAGGCAGACAAUCUAUACGAGAGAACUUGAAAAGAGAAAACUAAGAGACUACCUGAAUAGGGAGAACUUGAAACAAGAGGAAAUUGAAACAAAAAAGCUGAAAACAUACGAAGCUGAAGAGAGAGAAGCUGAAAAGAGACAACCUGAAAAAAGCCAGCCCUAA